AUGGCUUACACUGGUAUCGCGGCAACUCUUUUACCUAACGGAAGAACAGCUCACAAAACAUUUGGCUUACCUGUCCCAAUGUUCACCGAUUCAUCUUCAAACAUUAAACCUAAUUCAAAUCAAGGAAGGUAUUUAAAAAGUGUAGAUGUUUUUAUUUGGGAUGAAGCUCCUAUGUCUCCUAGAUACGCUUUAGAGAUAAUCGACAGAACGCUCCGACAUAUUAUGAAUAUUGACAUACCAUUUGGUGAUAAGAUGAUGAUAUUAGGAGGAGAUUUUCGUCAACUUCUUCCUGUUCUGACCCAUGCAACUCGAAGUGAAAUGGUUAACUUAUCAAUUAAAUACAGCCAUUUGUGGAGAAAGUUUCAUAAAUUUACAUUAACACAAAAUAUGCGGGCGUUGCCAGAAGAAAUUGAAUUUUCACAGUUCUUGCUAAAUGUGGGCGAUGGCAAAUUGAAUGAUGCAAAUGACAACCUUCUUCUACCGGACGCAUGUCCGGUUUCUAAAGCUAAUAAUAUCAUUGAAUAUCUGUAUGGAAACAUUAUUAGAACGCAGCGUUUUAACGAACUUACUAAGUCAGUUAUUUUAUCCGCAAGAAAUAUUGAUGUUGAUAUUAUCAAUGAACAAGUAGUUGAACUUCUAAAUAAAACUACUAAAAAAAUUUAUACGGCUAUCGAUAGCACUGAAAAUUGUGAUAAUGGAGACAUGACUGACGCGAUUUUGCCAGAAUAUCUCAAUACUUUGAAUCCACCAAAUUUUCCUCCUCACAAACUGUGCUUGCGAAAAAAUACUGUAGUGAUGUUGAUAAGAAAUUUGAACUUAAGUGAAGGAUUGUGCAAUGGAACGAGGUUGAUGGUACUGGACUCAUCAACUAAUGUUUUGCAAUGUAAUAUAUUGACGGGAGAUAAGGCUAGAGAAAUUGUUUUUAUUAAUCGUGUAACACUAUAUUGUGAUAAUGUUUACCCUUUUACAUUUAAAAGACGACAAUUUCCAAUAAAAAUUGCAUUUUGCAUGACCAUAAAUAAAUCUCAGGGUCAGACAUUUGAUAGAAUAGCCGUUGAUCUCACGAAAUAA